AUGCCACCAAACACUGACGGCGAGCGCGCCGCCAAGAAGAGAAAACUAAACGACAAAAAUGUUAUCAAAGUCGGAAACAAGGUGAUUUCUCUGGAUGGCUACUUGAAUCCUCCCGCCAAAAAGAAACAGGAUCAACCGCAAGAGACGCUCAAACCAACUGGUGAAGAGGCUGCAAAAUCUGAAUGGAAGGAAACAGAGAAGCCAGAGAGAAAAACUCAAUAUUCGAAUAAACCGCCGUUCAAAAAGCCAUUCGACAAGAGUAAGCCGAGGUCAGACCAACGAGGCCCGAGAUGGAGGGACGAUCCAGCCCUGCUUAAGGUCCGACAGAAGCUCCCGAUCUGGGCUCAUAGGGAGGAAAUCCAAGAGCGGAUGCGCAAAAAGGAUGUCCUUCUCCUCGUUGGUGAGACGGGUUCCGGAAAAAGUACUCAAGUACCCCAAUUCUUGGUGAAGGAGCCUUGGUGCAAACGGCAAAACGUCAACAUCGAUGGCGGAAGGGAGGUCAGUGUCGGCGGUAUGAUUGCCGUCACACAGCCUCGUCGAGUCGCCGCCACGACCCUCGCCCACCGCGUUUCUCGUGAAGCAGGUAGUCCUCUCGGCGAGGGCCGCGAGGGAAUGGUCGGAUACUCGGUUCGUUUCGAUCACCAAGUGCCCAAAGGGACCAAGAUCAAGUUCCUUACCGAAGGUAUGCUCCUGCAGGAGCUUCUCAGGGACCCCAGUCUGCGGCAGUACAGCGCCGUCGUUGUCGACGAAAUCCACGAGCGAAGCGUCGAUGUCGAUCUGGUGUCUGGCUUUCUGAAGCAGAUUGUGAUGAGCGACCGGAAAGGCCGGGGUGGCAUCCCCCUCAAAGUUGUCGUCAUGAGUGCCACUGCCGAUGUUGAGCGCAUUCAGGGCUUUUUCGCGACCGACAAGCCGGAAGAAGAAGGUGACAGCAUGGAGAUGGAUGGGCAAAAACCGAGCUCGGUCGAGGUUUUCAAGAUCCAGGGCCGUCAGUUCCCAGUCAAGACGAUACACACGCCAAAGCCCGUGCCCGACAUUCAAGAAGCCCUUUUGAAAACCAUCUUCAAGAUUCAUACGGAAGAACCACUUCCUGGAGACAUUCUAGCAUUCCUCACUGGCCAGGAGGAAAUUGAAUCUACGCAGUCGCUCAUCGAAGAAUACGCAGCGACCCUUGAUUCCAAUGUCCCCAAGGUCAAAGUCCUACCGCUAUUCGGCCAGCUCUCUAUGGAAGGCCAACACGCAGCGUUCCAGCCUAUCAAAGGCAUGACUAGAAAGAUUGUGCUGGCCACCAAUAUCGCCGAAACGUCCGUUACAGUACCCGGAGUGCGCUAUGUGGUGGAUGGCGGAAAGGCCAAGGUCAAGCAGUAUCGCUCUCGCCUGGGCAUGGAAUCACUUCUGGCUAAACCCAUCUCAAAGUCGUCCGCCAUUCAAAGAACUGGUCGUGCCGGUCGUGAGGGCCCCGGAAAGUGCUUCAGGUUAUAUACUGAAGGGACAUUCGGCACGCUAGAGGAAGCGGAUUUGCCAGAAAUUCUGCGAAUCGAUGUUCUCGGGGCUGUACUCACCAUGAAGGCCAGAGGCAUCGACGACAUUCUCGGUUUUCCCUUGAUGGAUACCCCAGACAUCGACGCCAUUGAGCGUGCUCUCGUCAGCCUCCACCUGCUAGGCGCACUGGCUGACGACGGCACCAUCACCGAAGCCGGCCGCAAGAUGGCCGGUUUCCCCAUAUCCGCGCCCCUCGGCGCCGUCCUCUUGGCAUCUGCCAAACCGGAGUUCGACUGCGUCCUCGAGGCCAUUGACGUAAUCUCAUGCAUCACGUCCGGCGACGACAUCUUCCACCAGCUGCAAUCGGAGGAGCAGCGCGAGGAGAUCGAGGAGCUUCGCAAGGAGCUAUACCGCCGCGAGGGUGACAUCCUCACCUACCUCACCACCAUGCAACAAUACGCCGCCGAGAACGCCGACCGCAUCGAGUGGUGCAAAAAAAGAAAGGUCAACAUCCGCAACAUGAAGACCGCCCUCAACAUCCGCAAGCAGCUCCGCAGCUUGUGUCUGAAAGAGGGCCUGCUCUCCGAGGCUCCGCCGCCAGACCCGCAGCCGUUCAGCCCGCUGGCCCCCGAACAGGCCGAGUCGCUGCUCAAGUGCUUCCUCCGCGGCUUCGUGUCCAAGACGGCGGUGCUGGCGGCUGACGCGAGCUAUGUGACGUCGCAGGGAAAGCACGUCGUGGCGAUCCACCCUUCGAGCGUGUUGCAUGGGCAGAAGAGGGAGGCGAUCAUGUUCCUGGAGCAUGUAUUUACGCAGAAGAAUUACGCGAAGAAGGUGAGCGUGAUUCAGGCUAACUGGAUCGUGGAGGCGUUGGGAGGAACUGCAUAG